AUGUCUACACCAACAAGCAACAUCCCUGCCUCUCGCGUGCAGAUUCAAGAACCGAGAACAAGAUCUCCACUUCCUCCUCUGUCUUCUCCAAUCGCCUUCAAGGAACAACAAGGUAGACCAGCUCAAGCUUCACAACAAACAAUAGCCGGAAAACUUUCAAGAAAUCUCUUCAAGGGUCUUCUCUUCUCACAACUAACCUUAACCUCACUUCUCGUGAUCGUUCUCACCAUUCGUGGUCUCAUCUUAGCAAGCUCACACCAUUUCCACCCUAAGAAAUGGUAUCCUCCUUUACUAGCAUCUAUUGGUGUCUCAGGAGUUGCAUCUUUGGCUUGGCAGUGCAUCUUUAUCCACAAUCCAUCAAGAGCAGUCAAAGCAACGUUCUGGCUUAGCCCCAUACUCACCUGCUCUGUAGGGAUCUUGCUUGUUCUGAUUGGCUCAGCGGUAGAUGCAGGGAUCGGCGCAGUGUUUGUGCUUUUCGCCAUCACUCAGUCUCUCUACGGUUGCUGGAUCACUCCGAGGUUUGAAUACACGGACAAGAUCUUAUCACUUUCCACAGCUUUUCCACCUGCAAGAACCAGAGAAGUAGUUUGUUUAUCAAUCGUUAUUAGCGUCGUCUACUCUGAUUUCUUGGUGGCUGGAAUCGGAGGAGCAACGUCCACAAGAACAAAUCUUGAUCUCUUGUUCAUUUCCGUGAUCUUGAUAAGCUUUGCAUGGACGAUGCAAGUUCUCAAGAACGUACAGCAAGUUGCGGUUUCUAGAGCAAGAUACGUAAACUUUGCAUAUGGUGAAGAUAUGGACGCUUGGGAUGGUUUUCGAGUCUCUGUGAAACACUUGAUUGGGAGCAUCUGCAUUGGCUCGACGCUUGUUCCAAUCAUCUUACUCAUCAGAGGAACGAUCAGAAGUGUUAACCUAAUGUCAGGGAGCAGCGAUGAGGUCAUGUAUACAGGUGGUGAUUGCUUCUCUUCCAUUGCCAACAAGAUGAUCACAUGUGGGAACAGAUGGGGCUUUGUACACGUGGGAAGUUAUGACAAAGGGUUCGUGGAGGCUUCGAGUGAUACAUGGAAGAAGUUCAGAAGCAGGGUUGGGUUAGAGAAAGUGAUUGAUUCGGAUCUCACAAGCUCCUUCUGCUUCCUCAGUGCGGUUUCUGUUGGAGCAGUGUCUUCAUUGACUUCAGGAAUAUGGGCGUUGUUGAUACAUAAGGACUAUGCAUUGGAAGUGACUCUCUAUGCUUUCAUAAUUGGAUAUUUCUUGGGAAGAGUAGGUUUGGCUUGGAUACAAGGCUGUGUCUUGGCUUACUAUGUAGCUUAUUCUGAAGAUCCUGAGAGCAUGAGGUUUGAUGGUACAAUUCAAAAUCGUAUUCAGCGUCUUCAAAUGUUAAGUGCUCGCCGAGAUAACAACAUGGAGCUUGGGGUGGGCAGAGAGAGAGAAGAUGGUGAUGAUAGUUGA